AUGUCGGAAAAACCGGCCGACGGCAACGACAAUGCCAUCGAGCCCCAGGUCUCUAAUGGCACACCUGAACACCCUCUCCAUUUUCCCCCAAAGGACCACCUAGACACUUCCUCCAAGGAUGUGGACGAUGUCGUCCACAGUGCACAAAGGGCCACUGACAAGGAGCACAAGAUGAGCUUGUGGCAAGGCAUCAAGCUGUAUCCGAAAGCUGUCGGCUGGAGUAUCCUGAUUUCUACGUGUAUUUGCAUGGAGGGUUACGAUGUUUGCUUAUUGAGCAACUUCUAUGCUUUUCCUCAAUUCCGCAAGAAGUACGGCGAACAGCUCCCGGACGGAAGUUACCAGAUCACCGCACCAUGGCAGGCCGGUCUUAGCAACGGUGCCAAUGUGGGAGAGAUUAUUGGGCUAUUUAUCAACGGUUAUGUCUCUGAGCGGUUCGGCUACCGCUACACGGUCAUGACAUGUCUGGUCUUGAUCAUCAUUUAUACUGCCGUCUUCUUCACGGCCCAAACCGUCGUCGCGCUGGAGGUUGCCGAAAUCCUGUGUGGCAUCCCCUGGGGAGUCUUCCAGACCUUGACCAUCACUUAUGCAAGUGAAGUUUGCCCUGUCGCUCUACGAGGAUAUCUCACGACCUAUGUCAACUUCUGCUGGGGCCUCGGUCAGGUUGUUGGCAUCGGCGUCAUCAAAGCCAUGCUCCCUCGAGAUGACCAGUGGUCGUACAGAAUACCCUAUUCUCUACAGUGGAUGUUCCCUGUCCCCCUGCUGAUCGGGGUCCUGCUUGCGCCAGAGUCGCCAUGGUGGCUUGUCCGGAAGGGCCGGCUGGCGGAAGCGAAAAAAUCCUUGUUGCGCCUGACCUCUCCUAACCGCGAAACGGAUUUCGACGCGGAUGAAACAGUGGCCAUGAUGGUUCACACGACUGCCUUGGAAGAGAAGAUCACUGCCGGAGCGUCAUACCUAGACUGCUUCAAGGGCAUCGAUCUGCGCCGGACGGAGAUUGUAUGUAUGGUGUGGGCCAUUCAAAACCUGUCGGGCAACUCCUUUUCCGGAUAUUCGACGUAUUUUCUCGAACAAGCCGGUCUCGAAGACAGUAAAGCAUAUGACUUUGCGCUCGGCCAGUAUGGAAUCAACAUGGCCGGUGUCUUUGGCGCUUGGUUUCUCAUGAGUCGUGGCAUUGGUCGACGAUCUCUGUACCUCUAUGGUCUGUGUGGAUUGUGCAUCAUGUUGUUUGUCAUGGGCUUUCUGGGCCUGGUUCCCGAGGCGCACAGGAAACAGGCGUCGUUGGCGACGGGCUCGAUGAUGUUGGUCUGGGCUCUUUGCUACCAACUUACUGUCGGCACCGUUUGCUACUCGCUCGUUGCUGAGCUUUCAACUCGUCGUCUACAAAUCAAGACCGUCGUGUUGGGCCGCAAUCUGUACAACAUCGUGGGGAUUAUUUGCUCGGUUCUGACUCCAUACAUGCUCAACCCGGGAGAAUGGAAUUGGCGCAACUACGCCGGGUUCUUCUGGGGCGGCAUCUGCUUCUUCUGCAUCAUUUACACCUACUUCCGCGUCCCCGAACCGGCCGGUCGCAGCUUUGCAGAGUUGGACCUUCUCUUUGAACGUGGUGUGAGUGCGAGGAAAUUCGCGAGCACCAAAGUCGAUGUCUUUGACGACAUUACGGUUCAGGAGACGGUGGGUGGGACAGAUACUCUGAAGCUCUAUCAAGAGAAGCGUGGAAGUAUCGUUGCUGGGGAGGGGGGCGGGUGGCCUUCGCGACUGGUGCACUGA